AUGAUACUUGUAGAGGCUAUUUCGUGCCAAUGUCCAUGCAGUUCUCUUGGAGAGGAGGCAAGGCAAGAUUUUUCAAACUUUACAAUAGAUGAACUAUUCGAGAUGCUGGCUCCUCAACUGGCAAAAAUGGAAAAAGAAUUAUCUGUUGACAAGUCUAACUUAUCGGCGACGGUUAAUAAAAGAAUCAGUGCAAAAGAUGAGAGAAAGUCUUCUCAGUCUAUUGGUAUUCUUGGAAUAGUCUUCAUUGUUACAGUCAUCCUGAGCGUCGUUAUUAUUGAUCUAAUGUCACUUAUUGAUUUCCUGAAACCUAAGUUGAAGAGAGGAAAAACGGAUACUUCAGAAGCAGAAGAACGGCAAGACUAG